UCCAACCUGCUGCCACCUUGAGCGGCGGAAUUCAUCCAUUUUUAAAUAAGGCAGUAAUCAUACCUGGGUGUGGCCAGUGAAACUGAACUUGAAAAAUGCGAAGAACGUGCUAUUUGACGUCAUCAGUUUGAGAGCUCCUGAUUGGCCAGUCCGUAUCAGGAAGAGGUGAGCUGAGUGUUGACAGCUCUCCAGUUAACGAAGAUGGUUAAACGCUAUUAUAUAAGGCAGUAAUCCUCCGACAGUUUCCUGAGCUUCGACCGAGUCAUCCUGCUGUAAGGUUUUCUACGGAAAGUUUACUUGAAGCCUGGUUAUCAGAGAUGGACGGUGGAUCGGAGGUGCAACUGGAGGCCCCCAGCUUCUGCUGCUCCACCUGUGAAGGAGGACCAAUUCCAGGACGCCGAUCUUCUCAACGCUUCAAGGCCCGCAGCCUGAGCACCUCCUCAGCCACUACCUACUGGGAACACAGGAGAACUCAGUCGCUUCAUGGACCAAGUCCUGUCACUACAUUUGGACCGAAGGCAUGCAUGCUCCAGAACCCACAUGCUGUGAUGCAUAUUCAGGAUCCAGCCAGCCAGAGACUGACGUGGAACAAGCCUCCAAAAAGUGUCCUUGUGAUCAAGAAGGUUAGAGAUGCCAGUCUGCUCCAGCCUUUCAAGGAGCUUUGUGUGUUCCUCACAGAGGUGAAGAACCUGAUUGUUUAUGUGGAGAAGAAAGUUCUAGAUGAUCCAGCCAUUUCAGACGACGAAGCCUUCGCCACCAUCACUAAGAAAUUUUGCACUUUCAGUGAAGAUCUGGACGAUAUCUCCAAUCGUGUGGACUUCAUCAUCUGUCUCGGUGGAGAUGGCACCUUACUCUACGCCUCUUCACUUUUCCAGGAGAGCGUUCCCCCUGUUGUGGCCUUCCACCUGGGCUCUCUGGGCUUUCUGACACCUUUCAAGUUUGAUACCUAUCAGUCUCAGGUCACCCAGAUCAUCGAAGGAAACGCCGCCAUUGUUCUGAGAAUGCGCCUUCAAGUGCAAGUGCUCAAAGAGAACUGGGAGAAGAAUGGCAUGGUGGACGAGAAGGGCAUGAUCCUGACCAGCAAGGACACGGGACGCAGCCACAAACCCAUGCAGAAUCAGGUUCUUAAUGAGGUGGUGGUGGACAGAGGACCCUCCUCCUAUCUCUCCAAUGUGGACCUCUUCUUGGAUGGACACCUCAUCACCACAGUGCAGGGAGACGGUUUGAUCGUUUCCACGCCGACCGGCAGCACAGCGUACGCAGUGGCAGCCGGAGCCUCCAUGAUCCACCCCAAUGUCCCGGCCAUUAUGAUCACCCCCAUCUGCCCCCAUUCUCUCUCCUUCAGGCCGAUCGUUGUUCCCGCCGGAGUGGAGCUCAAGAUAAAUCUGUCCCCUGAUGCCAGGAACACAGCCUGGGUGUCGUUCGAUGGAAGGAAGAGACAGGAGAUCUGCCACGGAGACAGUAUCACAAUCAUUACUUCCUGCUUUCCCGUUCCCUCCAUCUGCUUCCGGGACCCGGUGACUGACUGGUUUGAGAGCCUGGCCACAUGUUUACACUGGAAUGUAAGGAAGAAGCAGAACUGCCUCAGCUCGGAGGACGAGGAGUUCUGAGGGCCGCUCCAUUUUCUUCUUUUCUUUUUUAUCAACACAAAUUGCAGUUGUUUUGGACAAAUAAUCAAAAAUAAAGCAACACUUGGGUUGGUGUUGAAACCAAAAGGUCAGGAAUGGAAGGUAGGUGUCAUAAUGCUGCCGUUGGGUCUCAUCAGGUUUGUGCUAAAGCUAUUUCCACAUUCACACAAACCAAACUACACUUUACUCGAAAAAAAAUCCAACUGCAGUUUGGGAUCUUAAAUGUUGCUUGAGCUGAAUCCAAGGGCCCAAGUGUGCAGAACGUGCCUUAGACUUAAGCACUGAUAUCAUCAGCAUAAAGUGAUAUUUUGAUGUUACCAGAUUUGCUUUUUUCACAUAAUAUUUGCCAUGUUUGUCUUUCCUGUCUGAAGUGAACACAGAUGUUUAUUGAAUCAAAGGAGGCACACAGAAACAUUUCUUCAGAUGUUCCAAGCAUCUUCUUAACAUCUGGUUUUUAAAGGUUUCCUUUAGGCAACCGGCAAACAUUUUAAAACUCAUGUUUUUUUAGACCGAUGUCUGUGGCCUGUGUGUGAAUAUUGAGGAAUUGUUACAAACUUGUUGCAUUUAUUACAGUGGAGUCUACAUGUAUACUUUAGGAUUAACUACAUUACAGGUCUGUCCAGACCCGCCGUCCAGAUGUUGGUUUUAAAUCAACUCAACAGAUCACCCUUAAAGUUAACAAUCAUUCCUCUUAACCCUGUAUAUAAAUGUAACUCUAAUAUGCUGUGUUUUUGAAUGUUUAUCCACAGGUUUACAAUGUAUUAUUACUGAAAAUAAUUCUAUUUGCUACUUUUAUACAGCCAUGAGUUUGUCACUUGUUAUUUUUGUCGACGAGGAACAGCCUAGUUUUUAAAAACUUGUUAAACAGGAAAGAACCCACUAGAAAUGCAUUCCAGGGCAAAAUAAUUUGUCUGAAUUUAAUAGAAAAGAUACUAGCUGGUUUGUCAUCAGUGUUGGUCUGAAUUGUUCUCCUUAAAGUACUUUUUACUUUUCUAACAGAGAGCCUGUAACUCUAAAUUUUGUACCGGCAAGUUUGAUAAAUGUGUCCAUAAAGGUAUUUUUUUCAUAACACUUUAAUAAACAGAAAGUUGAUGCAGAAA